CGCGAAUUCAAGGAAUUCGGGAUUGUCUUUGAGCUCACCGUGCAUGUGAAGUGCGAUUGAGUGUGCAAAGAACCGCACCUUUUAUUUUGCUGAUUUUUGGUGUUCCUCGUCUUUUCAGACAGUCUCAGUCUCUCUUUGUUCAACACCAAGUACUUGCGCUUGUUUUCUUUGUGCUGAACAAAAAACAAACAAACAAAAAUGCACCGUCUGGCUCGGCAGCCGCAAAUGGCACUGCCGCUGCUGGUGGUGGUGCUGCUCGCUCUGCUCGGCUUUGCGACUGCAGAAUGCCCAACCACUAUUCUCGACUUUUGCGGCGAUGGAUCUGAAGUUUACAUCCCCGCAAUCGUGGCCCCCGAAGACUUCUGCCCGUGCAGGGUUUUCAACGGAUCCUUGUAUCUUGGCAGCGGCCCGGCUGGCUAUGUUGGCACUCCCGUCAACCUGACCGGGAUGGAAGUUGUCACUGGUGACUUUUACCUCGGCGUUGAUAGUGUGAGCAGGAACAUUGUGCUGCCCGAUCUGCGCGAAGUUGGCGGAUUCUUCUACUUUCUCGGCGGUCCCGACACUUUGAGUGCAUUUCCUGCGCUGUACCGCAUCAAUGGCACUUUGACCAUUCAGCCGCUGAUCGGUCAACCCUUCAACAGCUCUUGUGGAAUUGACACGCUGAAGCACGUCGGCGGAGACUUUGCUUUUGGACUCAGUCAGUAUACCAUGGGCUGCACCAGCCUUGGCAACAUGCAGCUGGAGACGAUUGGCGGCGCGUUGUACUUCCGCAACAGCGACUCCGAGAGCCCCGAACUCACGUCGUCGUCGGCGGCGUUUGCCUCGGUGUCCACGCUCUCAACUCUCACCUUGAAUGGCCGGGACGUUCAUAUGUUAGCCUUUACCAACCUGAACACCAUUCGCACCGAUCUGCUUUUCGACAUGCAUUUCGCCGACGCGGGAACUGUGAGCUUCCCGUCGUUGACUCAAGUUGGCGGAGACAUCACGCAUGACGUGGCCGUUGGCGUGGUCUCGACAGAGAUUGUCAUGCUUGUCCUGAGUCGGGUGAAUGGCUCUUUCAAUCUCCCCGUCACCACUGGACACUACACUCUCAUGGCGCUGAACUAUGUUGGCGGUGAUUUUACGGUGCCUAUGGCACUUGGCGAUGGCACGGCAUCUUCUCUGGACACUCCGGUGCAGACUGUGGGCGGCCGUUUCAUCAUGCCCUCAGGCCUUUCAGUAGACUCGUUCUACGUCUACUCCCCUCAGCUACAGUACAUUGGCAGCAGUAUCGUUCCGCCUCAACUGUUGACUUCGGUGCACAUGCCCGAGCUGCUGCAACUCAACGGCACGCUCAACCUACAGGUCAUCGACUUGUCGUUGCCCAAGCUCGAUCGCGUUAAUGGCGCCCUCCAUCUGGAUGCGUUGAAUCAACCCGACUUGAGCCUGCUGCGCAUUGUCAGCGGCGACCUUUAUGUCAAUGCGCCAAUCCCUUCUCUUGGCCACCUUGAAUCAGUCGGAGGCAGUCUCACCCUCACGUCAUCGACCGGCGACGUAAAUUGCGGCAAACUCAAGUUUAUUGGUGGUGAUGCAAGCAUCGAGGCCCAUUCGGUGACUCAAGCCAACUUCACGUCGUUGGCUGUGGUUCAGGGCACUCUUACCAUCGGACCCAUGACCGUCAGCACGUCCGGCAGUGUUUCUCUCCACUUUGGUAGUCUUCGCAACAUCUCGCUGAAUCCGCUGGCUGCGCCCGAAAACCCUGGUCUGUUUGUUCACGACAUUCCCUCGGGCACUUACUUUUUGCGCACCGUCCAGCUCGUCAAGUACGGAGACGUCAUCGUUACCGGCAUGUUCAACGAGCUUGCUUGCAAUUCGUCCGAGAUACCCUUCCCGACCUCGGCGAUUGCUCAUGGCGCCUUUUACGCUUGGGGCAACGACGUGGGCUCUCAUCUGUGCACCGCCUGCCACACCACAACAACAGUGAUGAAGCAAGCUCAUGUCAACGCGCUGAACGGCUGCAAAGUCAUCAACGGCUCGCUGAUUUUGAACAUUACCACGCCCCUCAACCUAAACCCCCUCAAGUCAAUUCGUGAAAUCCAAGGUGGCAUGCUCGUUCUUCAUGGCAGUGCGAUGGGCUCGACGCUCGACUUUCUUUCAGGACUGCUUGCGGUCGAUGGCGAAGUCAUUAUUGCCGGUACCAGUCUCGUGUCCCUGUCUGCGAUGCGUCUGCGCUCCGUGCGCUAUGGCUUUUCCAUUUCUGAAAACUACCACCUCACGGACUUUGACAUGCUUGCUGACGUCCCUGUCCCUCUGCGUGACUGGGGCUAUGCACCGCAACGCCUCGCCGAUCCCGCUCGCCAGUCCGUCUACGCGUUUCCGUUCGAGAACGGUCUUCCGUUCCUUGCACAGCUCAACUACGCCGUGAUUAUUCGCCACAACCCCAAGGUGACUAGCUUUGGAACGCUUGACAGAUUCCAUGCCGAGUCCGAAUCCCUUCCGCUUGUGUACAUCAAUGGCAAUGGGUUUUGCGCUAGCUCCUGGUAUUUCGCCGUGAGCCUCCCCUCCGCUACCAGUGAUGACCCCUGCUCCUCCUUCACCGAGCCGUGUGUGUCGUCGUGUGAGGAAAUAUCCGAGGUAGAUUACCAAAAUCAAUGCGUCACGCCCGAGGAGUUCUCAGAAGGCGUUGAUUUCGCCUUAUUCGCUACAGUGGACAGAUGGGUUGGCUGCAACCAACUCACGACUGACGCAGACUUUACCCCGGAGCUGGUCUCGCUAGUUGACGAGUUGGUGCCAAAUUACAACGCUCUCCAAGAUUUUAUCAAACUUCGAGAUCUCACCGUGUAUGGCGCAGUGACGCCUCUCCGUUUCAACAAGCUUGAAGAUGUCGAAGUCCUCACCGUGUGGCUGGAAGAUUGUGCCUCGUACGAGUUUCCAAACCUGACAUCGGCGAACAGUAUCAUUCUCCAAUACUCUGAGAACGGCGGGUGCAACAUUUCCGGUCUGUCCACCAUUGUCACGGUGUCCGAUACCAUCACGGUGAAGGAGAUUUACUCGGGGAACACGUUCAACGUUCUCGCCAAUCUCGCUCCCACUGAGAAUUCCGAGUCGGUUAUUACUGUUCAAAAUGUCGCUGUGCAAAGCCUGCGCGGCUUUGAUCACGCAUCCGGCUGGGGCAUCUAUCUCAAGAGCAGCGAUCUCGGCGAGGUGCACAUCUGCACGCAAGCUCAAAACCUCGGUGAUUUUGUCGUGGAGGAGUCCACUGUGACUGCAUUCACUGGAUUUGGAAACGCCCUGACAGCAAACAGCAUCAGCAUUACCGACCUGACCAUGGACUGCUUGUCGAAUCCGUUCCCGUCGCUCGCGCAAGUCCAGGGCUCUAUCACUUUGCAAGCGAACAACUGGGCAGACAACUGUACCGUACUCUUCCCGGAACUCACAGUCGUUGGCGACUACGUGAGCUUGCAAAACAACAACUUGCAAAAUUUCGUUGCUCCGCGUCUCGGACAAAUUACCGGCAACAACCUCAUCGAAUGUGCUAGCUACUCGUCGACGGCACUGUGCAUUGCGUCCAAUACCCACAUGCAGAAUCUGGGUGGUUUUUACCGCAUGGCUGAAGCUGUUGGUGCCAUUACUGUGGUCUUGAACCCCAACCUCUGCGUUGGCUGGGCCAGUCAAUCCGGCCUGGCACCAUCAGGCACUGUUAACGCUGCCGACAACUCGGCAUCCUGCAGUGAGCUCUCUGGUGACCAGCACGUUUCUUCGUUCGCGGAUUUGCUGAGCCUCGUCGGUUACAAUUACAUUAAUGGCGGCCUGCGGAUCACCCUGGAUGCUGAUGUCGACACUGCCGAUUUCUACCUGCCCUCCUUGACUUUGCUUAACAACGGCGAGCUUUUCAUCAGUGGCGUGCGCACGCCCACGAUUGACUUCUUGCCGGCUCUUGAUAGCAUCAAGUCUUAUGUCGUCAAAAACAAUCCCGGUCUCGUUGACUUGAGCUUGUCCAUUUCCACCUUCGUGGUGUCUGUCGACAUUGACAACAAUCCCCUGCUCGAAACCAUUUCUGCAUUCCCAUCGUCAGUUUCCGGAGAAACCACAAGCGACUCGCCGUACCGGAUCUCAGUCACCAACAACCCUCGGCUCGAAUCGUACGACUUUCUGUCGCAGCUCACAAACUACUCACCCGUUCCGCUCCAGCCUGCUCGUUUGCAGAACAACUCUUUGCUCUGCGCGGAUGAUAUUGUUCACCCUGUCGCUGGCGAAUCCGUGCCGCUGGACAUUACCUUUGUGAAUGACUCUUGCUCAAACGAUCACUUUGUCAAUCAGAUUUUGACCGUUGUCCCCAUUAACUCGCCCACUGGCGCGGGCAAGUUCAUGCGAGCAAUGGAUACGGUUCUCUCGAUGAUGCAAAGCAACUCUGGUAGUGUCGCGAAUUCAUCGGCCGUUGUGACGAGCAUGCUGAGCUCGAUGGCCAAUCUUGCCACCUACUUGCUCAACACCGGGUCUUUGCCUUCAACUAUGACGGUGAACAAUAUCACGCAGAACAUGGACAAGCUGUUCUCAAGCAAUCUGAUGCAAGUCGCUCGCUCCACUGGACAAUCGGCCAAUCUCGCUCAGAGUAUCGAAUCCAUCUUCUUUGUGGCAUCGUCGUCCGUUGCUUCUGGCUGUGGCCAGUUGGCGAUCGAUUACCACGGCUCCAACUUUGGUGUUCAGGGUCGUCAAGCUUCGUCGUCUGACUCUAGCAGUGCCUUCCAGUGGGCUGGUAUUGAUCUCAACCUGCCGACCGACCUGGCCGAACACGUAGGCUUCAACAGCACGGGAGAUGCCACGGGCUGCUUGAGCCAGCUGUUUGUUGUGUACAAGAACAGCCCAUUUGUUGGCACGUCGGACAGCGUUUCCAGCGUUUUCAGCUUUUCGCUGCGCGAUACCCCAAUUGUUGACCUGACCUCUCCAAUUCGCUUCACAAUGGAGGUCGAUCUGUCGUCGGGCAUGUCGCCCAGCAAGCUGGUGUGUGCGUUCUGGAACUAUACACUCAACAACUGGGACACGAACGGUUGCGUUUCUGCGAAUGCGACGGCAACGUCCAUUGACUGCGCUUGCACGCAUGCCACCAAUUUUGCCAUCUUGUUUGACAUUUCAGGAGGCGACGACAUUUCAGAGGAAUCCAAGCUGGCGCUGCGCUAUCUUUCGGCCAUUGGCUGCGCUCUGUCCGUGGCGGGAUGCGUAUUCACCCUGAUUGUGUUUAUGCUGCUGCCCAAGUUGCGCACCGGCCCGGUGGUCCUUGUCAUGGGACUCUGCGUGGCCAUUCUUGCAGUCAACAUUUUGUUCUUGGUUGGCAUGAGCGAAAGCAGCAACUUGAGCUCCAGUGGCUGCGAAGCGGUGGCUGCUCUCCUCCAUCUCUUCCUGAUGGCCAGUUUCUUCCUCAUGUUCUGCCAGGGCGUGCACAUGUACCUGCUCGUUGUUCGCCUCGCCCGCGAUACCGACCACUACAUUAAGCGGUACAUUGUGGGCUCGUAUGGUCUGGCGAUUCUCAUUGUCGUUUGCCUCGUUAUUGCCAACGCUGGCACAGAUCCGUACCGUGUGGUCGACUACGGCGGCCAGGAUAGUGAUGUCGGUCAUGCUUGCUGGAUUGGCAACCGAAACGGCUUGAUUGGCGCGUUUGUCGUUCCUGUUGGUGUGAUUCUGGGCAUCAACCUGCUCAUCUUCGGUGCAGUGCUGUACAACCUGCACGCGGUGCAGAAUGACAAGUCUCUGAAGGGUGCCAAGUCGCAGUCCAACCAGACGCGCUUGUACCUGACCAUCCUGUCGCUGUUUGGUCUGACGUGGAUUUUCGCCUAUGUGGCGUACAUUCGUGGUGCCGAGUUUGCCUGGUACCUGUUUGUGAUUUUGAACAGCUUCCAGGGCGCCAUCAUCUUCUUCUUUUACUGCUGCAACAGGCGCGUACUGGACAACCUGCGCCAGCGCUUUGGCUCUGGCUCGUACGCUGCUAUGUCGAGUGGACAGUCCAAGUCCACCCGAGCGACGAGUGAUGAUUUGGAAAGCGCGCGCACAUCUCGUGCGACCCAAUCUUCGAUUUCCGAGAGCGGUACUUAUGAGAUGACGUCGCGUUAGUUUAGUGCGGGCACUGUUUUUUGUUAUGUCUAUGCGCAUGUCGGCUUGGUCUUUUUUUUGCUUGUGAUUGUACGUGAUGGUGCUGUAUGCCCCGAUUGUUAAAACCAAAAGACCAGCUACUUGUUUUUGUCAA